UCCGCGAGGGUCAAGGCCACUGUCCCCCCCUCGGCCACGACGUGUUUCUGAUAAUUUUGGGGGAUCACAUUUCGGCGCAAUGUUUCGUAAUGUUGUUGUAAUGGGCAUUCAAUCCCAUUAAGAAGAAGCUAAGAUUUACUUACCGAGACCUUUUGACAAGGGGGGGCUUCCUUAGGAUUGUUUUCACGGCCUUUUUUGGCCUGUGCUAUGCUCAUUUGAAGCUCGACAACACCGUAUUAGGGAAACUCUUUUUUUCAUUGUUUUGUUUUAGGAUUUGAAUUGCGCUUGACGACAGCCUCGGAGCUAAUUUCAAGCUCGUUUUCUCUAGUUAUUUGUAGUUCCGUGCAUUCCUCUCGGCUUGUUGUUGGCGAAAUGCGCUUUGUCGGGCCAAACUUAGCGUGGUUUUGAGUUGAAGGAUAAAUUUAAGAAUCCGCGAGGCGUUGUGGCGCAAGUGUUCCCGGAUUUCGAUUUCUUUUGGAUUUUGAGGAGGUAGGAAUUUUUAGUUAUAUGGCUAUAUGAUUAGUAAUUCGAGAUUCUUAAAUUGAGCGAAUUGUUAUCGAGUUUAGAAAUGGAGAAGUCUCUGGCUGCAGCUCAUGUACUCGGGCUCCCUACUUCGAGCUUCACCCGAGUAGAGAAAUUUAGAGAUUCGUCAGUGCGAAACGCGCAGAAGCACCAAUUUUUGCAGCUGAGGUGCACUGCAGUAGACCAAGAUGACGACUGGGAAGGUAGUAUUAGGGUAUCCGAUGAGUGGCAGCCACAUCGUCAGAGCUUAAGAAGGGAUACAUUGUCAACCAACUCCUUACCUACACCUGUAGAACGUAAUUCUAGACCUAGUCCAAGAAGAAGCAGCAAUCAAAGAUUAGCGGCUAGUUACGGGGCAGGGAAGGGGGAUUCAAUUAGCGAAGAGGACGAAGGUGGAAAUUCUUUUACUGUGAAUGCUGCAUCCAAUGUGACGGGGAAGAGCAGAGGAGAAAUCUUCUUGGAGAGAGCCUUGGGGGCUCGCGAUUUAAUUACAUCAGGAGAAACAGAAGUUGCUCGAGAAUUGGUUGUUAAGUCUAAGAAGGAGAGGAAGAAGAAGAGGGAGAAGUUGGCAGCGUUUGUCUCAAGGCGAGACGAGCCUUGCUGCUAUGGAUGUGGAGCAGUCCUGCAAUCGUCAACCGCUGAGGCGCCGGGUUUCCUUUCUCUUGAUAUAUUUGAAGUGAAAAAGAAGCACCAUCAAUUAGGGACUGUCCUUUGCGGUAGGUGUCAAUUGCUCAGUCAAGGUGCGAUGAUCCCUGCUGUUAGUGGGAAUGGCGGUUACGGUGAGGGAAAAGGCUUUGUUUCUUCAGACGAAUUACGUGCCCAGCUGACGCACUUGCGAUAUGAGAAAGCUCUUAUUGUGAAACUGGUUGACAUAGUUGAUUUUAAUGGAAGCUUUUUAACACGAGUUCGCGACCUGGUCGGUUCUAAUCCCAUCAUUCUGGUUGUGACAAAGGUAGACCUGCUUCCGAAAGGUACAGACUUGGCUGCAGUAGGAGACUGGGUAAUACAGGCCACUAUUGCGAAAAAACUCAAUGUUAUUAGUGUACAUUUAACGAGUGCCAAGGCUGCUACUGGAAUAUCUGGAUUUUCUGCUCUAAUGCUACGGCAGCGACAGGGUCGAGACGUCUAUGUUCUGGGAUCAGCUAAUGUUGGAAAAUCUGCCUUUAUAAGUACUCUGCUACGAGACAUGGGCGAGCGUGACCCAAUUGCAGCAGCGGCGCAAAGGUUUAGGCCCAUCCAGUCUGCCAUGCCUGGCACUACUCUUGGACCUAUUCAAAUAGAUGCUUUCAGUGGCGGAGGGAGCUUGUAUGACACGCCUGGAGUGCAUCUUCAUCACCGACUGGCGGCUGCAGUUAGUCCCGAGGACCUCCCCCUCCUCGCACCCCGAAAACGUUUGGCUGGAAGGCUCAUUUCAGCUCCAGAUCCUUCUUUGAGUCUCGUCGGGCAGUCAAUAUUUUGGGGAGGGGUUGUUCGGAUUGAUGUGCUUGAGGCUCCAGAAAAUAUAGCGCUCACAUUCUAUGGACCUAAUUCGAUACCAGUUCUUGGAACUCUUACACCGCAGGCUGAGGUGUUUUAUGAGAAAGAAGUAGGCGUGCGACUGUUUCCUCCAGGAGGAGAUAGAGCCAAAAACUGGCCUGGAUUAGUCAACCAAGAAGUAGUUAGAUUUACUGUGAACAGUCGUAAAAGGCCUGCAGGGGAUCUGGCAAUCUCAGGACUUGGGUGGAUUGCUGUGGGAGUCGUCUAUAGUGAGGAGGAAGAGACUGGUUACAUAAAUCAUGUGGUGAGAUUAAGAGUUUACACUCCUAAGGCCGUAGAGGUUUUCAUGAGGCCUUCGAUUCCGGUAGGGGUUAAUGCUGCUGACUGGUACGAGUACAUGGAAGUAGAGGACGACGAAUCUGAGCAACUGAUACCUACCUUAGUAUAUUAAGCUGUAGCCUAGUGUACCCUUUUUUCUUCGAGCAUAUGUCCCUAAACGGCAGCUAGGUUGUAUCAGUUUCUGUAUCGCCCACUCCUUUGCAAUAUUGAGAUUCCCAAUAUGAUGGGGCACACCAAGAGUAUGUGACACUUUUUUCAA